UUGCUCGUAAGAUAAAUUUGGUUUGUUUACAAUUUAGAUGAUUAGAUUAAUUAUAUUACUCUUUGCUGAGCACAUUAAACCGAGCCCAUUUUACCUUUGAUUUUUAUUUAUCUAGUAGUUUUUCCCAUUCUAACUAAAGAAGCCGAAUUCGAAAGGUCACUUUUAUGAUUGUCUUGAAUUUUUGAUUAAAAUCUGGUGUUUAUCAAAAGAGUUUAAUCGUUUUUUGAAUUGUUUUGGAUUGUACAAUAACCUUCUACCUUUGUGCCACUUGGUUGUAUCCUGAACAUGCAAUUUACCUUAAUUUCCUACUGAUCUCAAGAUCCCAAAAGAUGGCCAGCACUGUCAACCACGGUAAAGGAUCGUACCUUGUGCAAUAACUUGUUCACCUUUUGUUAAUCAUGUUUCAUGAUCCUUGGUUUAGUUUACCUUUAUACUAUUUACUCCUGGUCAAUCAACUAAUCAGUUCGUUUAAUUUGGACACUCGUCUACCAAACAUUAAAAUUGGACCAAAAGGAUCAUAUUUUGGCUAUUCGGUGGCCGAGCAUUUAAUUGAUUUCGAUUCACCUGUAUUUUUAGUUGGUGCCCCUCGAGGUCAAUCCGCUCAACCCGGUACCAAUCGAUCUGGUAACCUUUAUCAAUGUAAAAUAACAAAUAAUUUAAACGAUUGUACAGUAAUUGCUGUUGAUUAUGAUCCUAAAAAUCUACUUCCACCAAGAGAACAAGAGUUUAAAAAUGAUCAAUGGUUAGGUGUUACUGUCAAAAGUGCUGGACCAGGAGGUGAAGUAGUGACCUGUGCCCAUCGAUACGCUGAACAAGGUAAAGACUACCACUGGGGUCGAGGUAUCUGCUAUUCAUUAACACAAUACCUCGAUCUUCAUCGAGCAUGGGAACCUUGUUACAAUCGACCCGUUAAAAAAGGCCACGAAGAGUAUGGAUUCUGUCAAGCUGGAACUAGUGUUGAUAUUUCAUCGUCAAAUGAUCUGGUCAUUGGUGCUCCUGGACCUUAUACAUGGAGAGGAACCAUUUUCACCAAUUCAUUAAAAUUCGACCUUCGUGAUGACAAAACAUGGUAUUCCGGGCAACUUCAAGAGCCAGAAACUCCAGUUGAUAAAUACAGUUAUUUAGGAAUGUCUGUGAUAUCUGGAAAAUUUUUCGGAAAUAAAAUGAGCUUUGUUGGUGGAGCUCCAAGAUCAAAUGGAACUGGUCAAGUUAUUUUCUUCUCCAAGAUCAAAAGCUCGUACUUCACAGUUGACUUCAUACUCAGUGGUGAAAAAUUUGCUUCAUCCUUUGGUUAUACCCUUCUUUCAAUGGAUCUGCAAAAUGACAAUAAACCAGAUUUAAUUGUUGGAGCACCUUUUUAUUAUGAUGUUACUCGUUCAACCGAAGGAGCUGUUUACCUGUAUUAUAAUACAGGUAAAGGUAUUGAUAGCAAAUAUGAUGUACGUCUUCUUGGUAAACAGGAUUCAAGGUUUGGUUGGGCAUUAGCUGAUCUUGGUGAUAUUAACAAAGAUGGGUUCAAUGAUCUAGUUGUUGGUGCACCUUAUGAUGAAGGCGGUGGAGCAAUUUACAUUUAUUUAGGUUCACCUAAUGGCAUUAAAACAAAUGCAGUUCAAGUGAUUAAAGGUGAAGAUAUUAGCCCAUUGUUACGUGAACGAGCGCCAUUGCGAACCUUUGGUUAUUCACUUUCAGGUUCUCUUGAUAUGGAUAAAAAUGGUUAUCCAGAUUUACUUGUUGGAGCCUAUGAAACUGAUGCUGUCAUUUUUCUUCGAGCUCGUCCAAUAUUAAACAUUGCCACUCGUGUUGAUAAUAUAACUCGAUUGAAUCCAAAUAAAACUACUUGCGAUGAAGAUCCAAGCUCAAAGUUUCCCUGUUUUGUUAUUCAACCUUGCUUUCAAUUGUUGAACUCACCUAAAGGAAGAAGCACUUUUCAGCUAAGAUAUGUGAUUGAAGCUGAAAGUUUUCUUGAAAAGAAACCGAUUAUACAUCGAGUCAAGUUCAAUUCAGCUGAUUCUGCAAACCCUCACAUAAUCAACAAAACCAUUCCACUUCCAAGUGAUCGUGUUGGUAACUGGGACUGUCAGCGCGAAAUCGUUUACAUUAAAGAUAAAUCUGAAAUCCAUCGAGCGAUUCAAUUUCAAUUAACUUAUUCUUUGGAUCUACCAGAAUUCAUACCUUUAGACACCAGCUCAGAACUGCCAGAUAUCGAUAGAUAUCCAAUUUUGAAUCAAGAAGAAGCUCGAAAAGUAUUCCAUGCAUCAUUCCUUAAAGAAUGCAAAAACUCUGAGCAAUGUCAAAGCAAUUUAGAUGUUACCGUCAAAUUACAACAUCCAUUGGAUACACCAUAUACACAGGAUAGAAUCUUGUAUUUAGGAUCAACUGAUGUUAAUCUGGAAUUAACUGUUCGUAAUACAAUGGAACCAGCAUAUGAUGCUAAUCUUUAUAUUUAUCAUCCAUCCAUUACUUACAUUGGAAAAGAUCAAACGUUCAUUCAAGAUCGUCAACAAAUCGAUUGUAAACCUUUCAAUAUUAGCCUUUUGGUCUGUGAAUUGGGUAAUCCAUUUAAACAAGGAGAGCUAAAAUUAAAUCUGAAAUUUGAUCCACGAGAGGUUACUGAAACGCAAAAUGAUGUCAUUAUACGAGUUUUUGUAAAUACAACGAGUCUUGAUGUGAAUCAAGCAAAUAAUGACAUAACAACUAGAUUAAAAAUUAUACGUAAAGCUGAUUUAGAAAUCAAAGGUUUUUCAUAUCCAGAAAGAGUUUGGUAUGGUGGUAAAGUUGUUGGUGAAGCUGCAAUGAAAACGUCUGAUGACAUCGGAAGUAGAAUUGAACAUUCCUAUACAAUUAUAUCAAAUGGACCUUAUCAUCCAAAGGAAUUAACUGUUGAAAUUGAUUGGCCUUAUUCACUUUCCAGUGACAAAGAAGAGGGAAAAUGGCUUCUCUACUUAAUGAAUACAAUUGUUGUACAGGGUAAAGGUCAAUGUGUACCAACAUUUGGUACAGUUAAUCCACUUAAAAUUUGGGAUUCUGAAACAGUCUCAAUAAAAAGUGACUCUUUUGUUAAAUCAAGACCAAAAAGGCAAACCAUGGUUCCAGCUAAACGUAUAAUGGAAGAUGGUAAAAGUCAAAAUGUAGUUGUUUUAGAUUGUCAAAAAAAGACGGCUCGUUGCUAUAAAUUUUUAUGUUAUCUUCAAGAUCUCCGUCCAGGAGUGCCAUCAGUAAUUGUGUUCAUAGGUAGACUUUGGAAUUCAACUUUUGUUGAAGAUUACGCUUCAGGUGUUAAUCAAGUUCAUAUUUAUUCACGAGCAAAGUUAGCAAUCGGACCUUCAAUCAGGCAAAAUCGGACAAAUGAUGAUAGUACCUUUGCAAUAACUAAAGCUUAUCCAGAUUUACCUUUACUGCCAUCACCGGUACCUCUUUGGAUAAUAAUCCUGUCUAUACUUUUAGGAAUACUGUUGCUUAUUUUGUUAAUCAUUGUCUUAUGGAAAUGUGGAUUCUUCGUGCGACGGAAACCAGGUUACAUGGCUACUCCGCUCGAUGAAAAAGAGUUGGUUGAUUAUAAUUGAUUUAAUUUUUUCGUAAAAUGUUAAGAAAAGUAUUGAUUGUUGUGCUCCUAUGCAAGCAUUUAUUGUUAUGGCAUCCGUUUACUUCCAUUUUUGUAAUGACUCAAGUUUUUCCAAUUGAAUACAAAUUUGAUCAAUAAAAGGUGUUCUAUUUGUUCAUUA